GCACCGUGGCCGUUCACCCCCCAAAAUUCCUUAAUCGACCCGCGACGCGACUUUUUUUCCCUAUUCCAUCGCGACAGUCGUCGCCCGUGACACUACCAGCUUUAAUUUAUCAUUAUUCUAUCUCAAUGUACUUGUCACAAUACAUUGUAAUCGCUAACUUUAUUUGAAUUGCAGUCAGAUGGGUUCCCAUUCGCGAUUACAUCCGUCAUGAGCUCUUGGAUUAACGAGGCCGCUGCCGUCCAAAACCAUAAUGGCAACGGCUUCCCACACAUGAACGACCCGAAUAACAUGGGAGCAGGCGGAGGAAUGGGUGCCGGGCCGGGAGGCAUGAUGGAUCCCUCGGCCUUCAUGGCAAAUAAUGCCCAGUUCAAUCACAUGGCUGCUGGCCAGUUUAAUCCUCAACAGAUGGCCGCUGCUAUGCAGAAUGGCCCGAUGCGCAACGCCUCGCCCUCCUUCUCGAAUCCCGCAUAUCAAACCAACCCCGUCAUCCCCUCGAAACGGCCUCGACCUAGGGAGGAUAGCAUUGGCGCGUCUCCCCGACAAAACCCGGGCAUGCUCCCGACGUCGCGCGCCGACACGCCUCAGCAAUCACCCUUCCUAGGCUUCCAGCCAAAUGCGAUGCAGCCGCAGAAUCCUAAUCAACCGCAGCAUUAUCCCCACUUGCAACCCAAUGGCUCGACGAACGCGUCUCCAUCGCCUGUGAUGGCCGGCAAUCAACUGCGUCCGGGAAGCGUGCCGCAACGCGUCAACACCGCGUCACCGCAUCCUUUCUCUCCGGCCUCCCAACAGUUUGGCCCUCAGGCUUCGCCGGUCCCAUCAGACCACGGCGGCACACCGCAACCGGGCAUGUUCAUGAACCCGCAGAAUUUCCCGCAAGGUUUCAAUCCCGGUUACACGCCUGGCGCAUCGCCUGCUAGGCCGCCCUCAGCCCAGAAUCCCAUGGCGCAACAUAUGAUGCCUCCGUCGAUGGGCCAAAUGCCUCAGCAGAUGUCGCAGGUCCACCCGAGCCAGAUGCUUACCCAACAAAUGCAGAUGCAGCAGAUGCAGGCAGCGCAAGGGCGCGGCGCGAUGGACCAGCAAAAGAUGUUAUAUCAAAUGCGCCUGCAACAGCAGCUUCAGCAAGGCGGUAUGCCGAUGGCAGCGCAGAUACAGGCUCAGGCCAUGGCCCAAGGUCGAGGCAUGAUGCCCAAGCAAGGAAUGCCGAUGCAGAAUGGCCAGAUGCCACCCGGCGUCAUGCACCCUCAGCAAGCCCCGCAGAUGCCACGAGCUAACAAUCCUGAAGCGUUCUUAAAAAACCUCACGGCGUUUAUGAGCAUGAGGCAACUUCCCCUAGAAAUAAAUCCCAUUAUUGAAGGCCGACCUUUACACCUUCUUCAACUUUUCCAGAAUGUUUCCAAGUAUGGUGGCUAUAGGAAUGUAACAGGUCGAAACCUCUGGACGCAAGUUGCCGCGUCGGUUGGUUUUAAUCCACAGCAAAUUCCCUCAGCCCCGGCUCAAGUACGAGGCGUAUACGAGCAAAAUCUGUUAAAGUUCGAGGAGGUUUGGACGAUGCAACAGCGAACUCAGCACAUGAAGCAGCAGGCGGGCGGACCAGCGGGUAUGCCUGGUGUACCAGUUCAAGGCGUACCACAGAGAAUGGGCCAGUUACCGCACGGGCAGCCCAUGCAGCCCGGACAGGUCCCUCAGAUGCAGCAGCCACACGUACAGACACCCAUGAAGCAGAUAACACCUGCUAUGCAGCAAGCUAACGCCAACGGUUUCUCAACACCUCAGCAGCCGCGAAUAAGUCAGCAGCCGCCUAAUACAAACCAAGGACAUGUAAGAAAUAGUAUGUCAAGAAGUAUUGACGCCAGACAGGCGAGUAGCGAUUUUUCCGUACAAUCUCCCGCAUCCACCGGUAAGGGUGGAAGUAUUUCGGUGCAACUCCCAGCUCAGCAGACGGAUGGAGCACAUACGAACGGUACCACCGCCAACUUGCCCUUUCCAGGACCAUUCUCGUCAGAUCCUGACGAAUAUUCACCGUGUUCUCGAGAGAUGCUCCCCGAUUUCUAUGGCGGCUUUGAUCUCGAGUCAAUACGAAAGCUAGGGAAUGAUUUAGAAAAGUGGCGGCCAGAUGUUCCACCACCUCAGGAGCUCGGCCAUAUUGAUCUCCACGCUCUCACAAAAAGCCUUCAGUGUGGCAUACAUGGAGAAGUACGGCUAGCUCUUGAUGUUCUGGGAUCUGUAUCGCGCGCAGCCGAGUACAUACCAAACUUAUCAAUCGACUUGAGAGCUUGCGAUGACUUGGUGGAGUCUCUUAUAGAUUGCGCAGAAGAGCAGGUUGACUUGCUCGCGGAUAAGGCAGAUCCGGUUUCGGACGAAAUAGAUCUUACUUCAUAUGAAGAUGUCAUGAGAAGCUGCCGCCUCGAAGCUAUAAGCCUUCGUAAACCUCACAUAUUCGGAGACGCGGAGUACGAGCUUGAACAUGCUGCUGAUCGUCUGUUAGCAAUCACCACGAUACUACGGAACCUCUCAUUUAUGGAAGUUAACCAAGCAGUCCUUGCCGACGAGAUCGUAGUCAAGUUCCUUUGUGGCGUGAUACGAUCUUUAGGUACACAUGAUAACCUGCUACGAGCCCCAAGGAAUACGCUGGACUUUAUGAAGGAUGUUAUAGUUUUGCUAUCCAAUAUUACUAGCUCCGUCGAGAUACCCGGUCGCGAACAAGCACUUUGUCUCCUAGAAUUUCUUCUUGCUUUCGCCCCGUCGCCUGGGCCGUCCCUAACGACAGAGCGGGUGGUUUUCUCGCCAUUCGAGCCCUCAGUUCACCCGUAUCUCCCACACGCUGUCGACUCGUUAGCUAAACUACUAGCGCGCGACGAGCCGAACAGAACGCACUAUAAGAUUAUCUUCGCAGCCGACGCGGCCGCCUCGCCUCCUUACGAGCUUCUCACGCGGACUUUCGGUCUCGCUGUCUCUCCCAUUCCGGAUCAAAACAAAGAGAGCCGCCCAGCAAAUUUACCAUCAUUUGUCGAGGCGCGUAAAGCGUUGCUAAUGCAAGGUUUACUCGCCGCCGACAUCGUUGCUCAGCUGGCGCCGGGAUACGAGUCUGGAGUAACGCGCGCUUGGCUAUCAUCCGGAGAAGGCUUCGCGCAGAAUCUUUUCCGUCUUAUUCGUACUCUCUGCACACAAGCAGAACCAACUCCCCGUAUAAGCGGCAAUCCUAGGUCUCAACCACGCGAAGACGUGGAUAUUCUUUAUAUCAUCACCUGCGGUGUCUCCACCCUUAGGAAACUAAGCGAGAAGGCGAGAGAUCCAAACAACCCGGCCAGCAUUCCAGCAAACGCUCUCCCCACGAGAGACAGUCUCUUUGGGGCAUUGCAAAGUCUCAAGAGUCCUAAGUGGGCAUUCUUACUGAAUCAAUUAAGUACAUAUGCUGGGUUGGAGAGUUGAGCUACUUGCGCCUACAUGAUGGACCAUAUUCAUAACAGCUUAAUGAUUGGGGGCUUGGAGUAAUUCGAACAAGGUAGCUCAUGCAAUGGCGAAGCGGUUGUCGACGAAACGUGGCUUGCGGGUGUCGUACCCAUGGUUUGGAGACUAGGUUGAAGCAAUCGGACCCUCGUGGGAGCGUGGCGUUUAGGAAUUAGAUAAUUGGCAUCAGAUGUACAAAGUAGCCCAUCGUACAGGGAUGUAUAAACGUGUAGAUUAUGCGUCGCGAGUUAUACAGGCAAGACAGGCCACCUCUGCGAGAGGCGUUCCGUCUCAGAGCUUAUGAGUGUGCUUUUUAGGGGUAUCGAGACUUGCUUGACGACGACGUAUCGAAUUGAGAGCGAGACGAUCAAAUGUCUCGAUUUUAAGUUACCUAUUUUUAACGAGUACAACCAGAUAUUAUUACCCUAGAGUGAAAGCCUCAUUGUGAGGUUGUUGGGAUC